CGAUCAACCAUGUUCGAACACGAAUUUUUCAAGUGCAACAAGUCUUGACUGGAAUAUUUCGGACUUUUUGGAAGAAUGUAACAUAAAAAAAUUCAAGAAUAAGAUAGAAGCUUACCUUACGUCCCUCGAGACCAUCGCUGAUACUUGGGGAGAUAAGGAAUUCGAUAGCGUGGCGGAGGACUUUGGGUUGUGUGUCAUUCAAGUCUUUGAGACGAGCCACGAAGCUAAUGGUUCUAAACCAUAUUAUAUUAUUGCUCGAAAUUGGGAGAAGAAUCAUACAUCUCGCGGUGGAACUGCAAUUAACUUUUACGGGGACUAUCAGAAUAAUGGGAUAAUGGCAGUGAAUCCGGUUAAUAACACAUUUACUGACUUCAAGGGAAAAAAGUCAGUACAUUAUACAGAAACGAAUACAGAUUCUGAUCCAGAAUAUGAGCUCAAGAGAAGGGGAGUGAGUAGUACCGCUCCCAGAACUCCUCCACAGGUGCCUCGGGAUUUAGAUUCAUUGACGACGACACCUAAUAAGCGACCGCUGGAAAAUGAAGAAGUUCAGCACAUUUUAAUAGUGUCUUGCCUCGCACAUUCCUCCAAAUACUCACAAGAUAUCUCCGUAAUAUGUGCGUUUGGGAAAACUAUCACAGAGUUGGCACUAGAAAUCGGCGAGGAGCUCGUCAUUGAGCUGUCCUCUGUACGUGAUAUCAAUCCUGCUGUGUGGACACCUGCUCUGGAGAAUUAUAUCGACACUGCCCUUAAGGAAACCGGAAAAAAUUUAAAACUGCAGUCCUAUUGA